AUGGCUGUGGGUACAGAACGCCGCGCGAAGAAGACGGCAUCUAGGCUAGAGCAAUCGUUGCUUUUACAGCCCGUUCAAGACACCAUGUCUUUCAAUCCCCCGAACCAUAGCUCUGGGUUUGGUCGUUCCCAUGCCGCCGACACAGCUUCCACACCAAGCCCCACAGACCAAUCCGAGUCUGUUGCCGAUUCUUCCACUGGUCAAGAACCUGCUGGUCAACCUCACCAUCACUCGAAUAAGAAAAGACGCUCCUCGAAGAGCAGCAAAGCGGGAGAACUCCGCAAGUCCUCAUCAACUCCACACAUGCGCCAUUUAGCACUUGGGAACCCUGGCGACCUGUCGCCAACAAGUAACAAGCCGCGGAAUAAGUUGGGCUAUCAUAGAACUUCGGUCGCAUGUGGUCAUUGCAGACGUAGAAAGAUACGAUGUCUCUUAGCUCCAGACGAUCCUGCAGGCCGUUGCUCCAACUGCAUUCGGCUGAAAAAAGAAUGCAACUUCUACCCAGUUGAGCAUAACCCCGAUCUGCCGCAUGUCCCAACUAUCUCGUCGAAAUCUGGUAGCGCAGUACAACCAGCUACACCAGUCGCUACUUCACCUCGGCAUAGCGAUGCCAUGGGCGAAUUCCGCACACCAUUCUCUGGACCUGCGUCAAACGGUCAACCUCCAAGCUUUGGGUAUCACGGCGAUCAUGAAAGCGACCGUCACCAAGUGCCUGUCGAUGGCCGUAUGUAUUCUGCCAUCUCGGUUUUGCAAACGCUAACCAACAAAGUCCCAGUACAGCAUCCCUCUUAUCCAUACCCUCCUCCUAUAGAAACCCAGUGGCCAUCAGCGAACGGUUUCUUACCUUCAUCUACCGUAGCCGAGAGCCCCUCAUGGCGUAACUCACCUUCGACAGCAAACUCAGCAUAUGGCAGUGAGUCAAACGUUUCAGGUGGUCAUACACCAGCCGCAAUGAGUACGAGCUCGACUAUGUCCUAUGGUCACCAGGACUCUCAUUGGGGUCAGCAACCACCAUUCCAACCGCCAACGCGCUCGAUGUCAUACGGCAACAUAGAAGGACUUCCCCAACAAUAUUCUGGUCAAGGCCUUGGCAUUCAGCACGAAAACUACCGACGUACUUCUCCGUAUCCAUACCCGACUACCAUAGACACAAAUCCUUCCACAAUGCACGCGACCACGGUAGGCGGAUCUACGUCGGCACCCCUAUCCGCGCCCGUCGUUCCCAAUCACUCUUAUUACCCAGCUCCCUGGUCAUCAUACGACGGAAUGCCAAACCACGGUCCACCAAUGCCUUCAUCUGGACGAUCAAUGAGUGCGCAGUGGUAUGCAGAACCGGGACAUCUAGAUCGGGUACAAGAGGAGGUCACUCCACCAAUGGCAUACCACCAUCAGGGCUUGCCACAGUUCUACUCUGGAGCAUAG